AUGAUGGAACCUCCCGAAUCCCCCACGCUUGGCACUCCUCUCAGCCGGUCCGCCCUGUCCAUCGCCGCCCAGCAGGGCGACAACGCCACCGUCCGCCGCCUCCUCGAAGAAACCCCAUCCCAAGCGUCCUACCCCGACCGGCCUCCCAGGCGUGAUGGCCGACUCCGCCGAGCGCUACGGCCAGACCCGCUAUCCAUCGCCGCGCAAAACGGCCACGACGAGGUGGUGGCCCUCCUGCUCGGCCAGAAAUCCGUCGACCCCAACGCGCGGGACAAGCACGGAUGCACCCCGCUCUGGUAUGCGAGCUCCGCCGGCAACGAGGGCGUCGUGGGCCUGCUGCUGAGCCGGACGGACGUCGACGUCGACCUCCCGGACAGCUACGGGCAGACACCGCUCGCCUGCGCCGCUCGUGCGGGACACGAGAGGAUCGGCCGUCACGCCAGCCUAGCCCACGCCGCCGAGGGCGGCCACGAAGCCGUCGUCAGGGCUUUGCUCGCGCAACCCGGCAUCGACCCAGACUCGCCGGACGAGUGGAGACGAACGCCCCUCGCCCUCGCCGCCUCGGCCGGCCACGCGACCGUCGUGAGCCUCUUGCUCGAGCAGCCCGGCGUCGACAUCAACGCCGUGGACGCGCUAGGACAGACCCCGCUGUUUCUCGCCGCGCGACAGGGCCACCAGCCCAUCGUGCGCGGGUUACUGGCCCGGCCCGACGUCCGCGCCGACGUACGGGACGGGAGCGGCCACACGGCGCUGUCGGCCGCGGCCUUGGGGGCCACGAGGAGGUGGCGCGGAUCUUGCUCGGCCGCGGGGAUGUGGCGGCCGAUUCGAGGGAUACUAAUGGUCUGA